CAGAACCUGUAUUCAGUCUAACGAUAGAGCUGACCGUAAACAGAGCAUUCUCAUCAACAUGAGCAAGUUGACCAAAGACUGUCUGUCCGAACACGAUCGGCAAGUGCUGGAAUCGAUCUUUAACCCAUCUCAAAUCGGUGGUGAGGAAUAUUUGCUUCAGGAGGAAGAAAAACAUUUGGAUGAUCCGCAAGACGUGAAUGGUGCGAAUGAUCCUCGCAUUAAAGAAUCACAGCGAAUGGAGCUUGAAGCGAUUGCACUUGCUAGUGAGGCGAAGCUUCCGGAAGCGUUGGAACUGCUAAGCAAAUCGAUCGAAACAGCUCCGGAACGACCUGCGCCUUGGAAUAAUCGUGCCCAGGUGUACAUACUGCUCGGGAAGGAGGAUGAGGCGCUCAAGGACAUCGAACAGGCGCUACGUCUAUCGAACAGCGCGGGCCGUACAGGAUGCAGAGCACUCUGUCAGCGUGGCAUACUGAAGCGCAAAAACAACGACAUCGAUGGAGCGCGGGAGGACUUUGAGGUGGCCGCCAAGCUGGGCAGCAAGUUCGCGCGCACCCAGCUGAUCGAGCUGAACCCGUUUGCCGCACUGUGCAAUCAGAUGUUGCGGGAAGUGAUGAAGAUGUGAGAUAAGAAAGGCAAAUGGUGGUUUAUACUAGGUUUUAAGUUCUUAAUUGGGUUAUAGUUAUAAAAAUAAAUAUAAAUUAAGGUCUCAUCCACAAAUGUGACUUCCUAACAUAAAAUAAAGGCCAACAAAUUGAGAAGGAAAACACCUCCUUAAUCAAGUUCUAAAAAAAA